AUGUCUCUGCCCCAUUGUUCCUACUACUUCAGAUCCUCAUUCCAGUGUCUGGGACACUUCCUGUUAAAGGUUACGUGGACAUUCACUGUACCUCGAAAAUCCUUGCACGUAUUACUGUUUAACAAUCACCGAUUGAUGCACGUUUAUCCACCAUACAGACCUGAGUAUAUAUUCAAAGUAAGAAACAUUAAUAUUUUUAAUAGGUUGAUCCAAGGAUUAGUUUUGGCUCAUGGUGCCUGUCAUCCAGAUAUGAAGAAGCGAGUAGAAGAUGCAUUUAUCCUUAUUUGCGAGGUUUCACUAGAGUAUGAAAAAACAGAGGUGAACUCUGGUUUCUUUUAUAAGACUACAGAAGAGAAAGAUAAAUUUGUAAAAGCUGAAACAAAAUUUAUUGAAAAUAGAGUACAAAAAAUAAUAGACCUGAAGGACAAAGUCUGUGCUUAGUCCAAUAAAGGAUUUGUCGUCAUUAAUCAAAAGGGGAUUGAUCCAUUUUCCUUAAAUACUCUUGCAAAACAUGGAAUAGUAGCUCUUCGCAGAGCAAAAAGAAGAAAUAUGGAAAGACUCUCUCUUGCUUGUGGUGGAAUGGCUGUGAAUUCUUUUGAAGAUCUCACUGUAGAUUGCUUGGGACAUGCUGGUCUUGUGUAUGAGUAUACAUUAGGUGAAGAAAAGUUCACUUUUAUUAUCGAGGAGUGUGUUAACCCUCGCUCUGUUACCUUGUUGGUUAAAGGACCAAAUAAGCAUACUCUCACACAAGUCAAGGACGCCAUGAGAGAUGGACUUCGUGCUAUCAAAAAUGCCGUUGAAGAUGGUUGUAUGGUUCCUGGAGCUGGUGCAAUUGAAGUGGCAAUGGCUGAAGCUCUUGUUUCAUAUAAGAACAGUAUAAAAGGAAGAGCUCAUCUUGGAGUCCAAGCUUUUGCUGAUGCCUUACUCAUUACUCCCAAGGUUCUUGCUCAGAAUGCUGGUUAUGACCCACAGGAAACACUAGUAAAAGUUCAGGCUGAGCGUGUCGAGUCAAAACAACUUGUGGGCAUAGAUUUGAAUACAGGUGAGCCAAUGGUAGCAGCAGAUGCAGGAGUUUGGGAUAAUUAUUGUGUAAAAAAACAACUUCUUCACUCUUGCACAGUGAUUGCCACCAACAUUCUCCUGGUUGAUGAAAUUAUGCGAGCUGGGAUGUCUUCUCUCAAGGGAUGAUUGAAUUCAAAAUCAACCCUUCUAGAAGAUGAAAUUUAGUACACUUUACGUCUGACUACUAUUGUGUAGCCUGAGCCAUUCUGAAUUUCUACACAAUAAAUGCAGUUUAAUGUCUUUUGGGUCUUAACAGUCUCAAAAAUAUUUCAUCAAGGUAUAAAGAACACAAGAAUACUUUUACAGUAAAGGAAUAAUAAUUGAAAUAUUUCCCCAAGAGUCCUAACUCUCCACCCUUUGUUAUAUGCUAUUGCAGUUUUUAUAGCAUAGGAUCUUUAUGAUUCUUAGACCUUUGGCAAGUUUUAAUUAACAAAAUAGAGGUUUUAGUGCACCCAAGUAAAUUUCUAAUUUAUCAGAGGUAUAAAUGUAGUAGGACAAAAUGUUUCAUUUUCCCUCAAAAUUCUUUCAGUGACUUCUUGCUGCCACUCUUUCCUCUUAUAAAUAUGGCAUGUAGCUUUGGAUUGCAUUGUUUAUAGUAUCUGACUCAAUUUAUUUUGUAUAUCAUUUAUUAUAUUUUACCUGGCUUUUUUUUUGUAUAUGUGAUCAACAAUUUAUGCUACUGUGCUAGCUCUGGUAGCUGUCUGACUAGAUGGUGAGAUAGAACAGGUCUCAUCCGGAAAGAUGAGAAUUGUUGACACCAACGGUGGGAAAUAAUUGUGUUUGGCUUAUAAUACAACUGUUUGGUAUGGAUAUUAUAGCAAUAUCUUUCUUGCUUGAAACUAGAAUUAAUCUAUUAUGCUUUUUAUUGUUAUUAGAGUUCUUGUGGUUAACUUCUUUCCAUGGAUGGUAGUUGAAAAGGGACUAAAAUGUGGCAAGUGCAUUAAUGGAACUUUGGCCUGUUGGUGCAUAUGGAAGGUUCCUUUAACCAUUUAAUGCCUUAGUUGAGAACCUAUGAUUUUAUAGCUUGUUUUUUCCACUUAAUAUGCUGUCAGCAUCUUUCUAAGGCAGUAUUCAGACUUCUUCUUCUUCUUUUUUUUUUUUUUUGAGAUGGAGUCUCACUCUGUCACCCAGGCUGGAGUGCAGUGCCAUGAUCUCGGCUCAUUGCCACCUUUGCCUCCCAGGCUCAAGUGACUCUCCUGCCUUAGCCUCUUUAGUAGCUGAGAUUACAGGUGCACACCACCACGCCUGACUAAUUUUUGUAUUUUUAGUAGACAAGGGGUUUCACCAUGUUGACUAGGCAGGUCUCGAACUCCUGACCUUCGGUGAUCUGCCUGCCUUGGCCUCCCAAAGUACUCGGAUUACAGGCAUGAGCCAGCACACCUGGCCCAGUAUUCAGACUUCUGAACCAUCACUUAUUUAUGGUUACUUGGCAUUGCAUUGUAUGAUUAUACCACAAUUUAUUUUACUAAUUCUGUUUUCAAUUGUUUUCUGCUGUUAUAAAGAAAGAUCUCCUUCUUAAACUUGUCUUUAUUCUAUAGGA